GCAGGUCAGGCUCUAUCCAGAAAGGACUUGUAUGCAUUUGGUGGCAUAACUGUUCCUUUUGACUGCUGGACGCUUUCCUGCUCAGCAGCUGGGACACUGAGAAGAAGCAGGAAAAGCUGAGGUGCUGUGGUGUGUGCCAGCAGAAACAUCAGGCAGAAAGGACGUAUGCACAAGUGCACCAGCCACUGUGCUAUGGACAGGGGUGUUUCAACUCUGGUAGUGCUGGAGGGUUGUUCUGGCAUUUCUACAAUGAGUGUAUUUGCUCUGGAGGACCAGGCUCAGUUGCUCUCCUCUUUCUGGACUGAAAAAUUUAAAAGAGCUAGUCGUGUUCAGAGCUAGAAGAAGCCGUGCUGUUUGACUCCCAUUAGACUAUGUUGCCUCUUCCUGCUGAUGCAUGGACAUGAGUUUUUCUCACUCACUCAUGAGUUUCUUCGAACUCAGCCAGUGUUCUACAAAAAAAUAAGUACCUGGGACCCUUUUCAGAUCCUAAUACACACAACGUUUUGUGUCGGAGAACUUGUUUCUUUGACAGAUGCUGUUUGGGCAUUGUUUGGCUGCUGUGCAGUUCUGCUGCUGGCGUGCCAGAAUUUGGAAGAUGAUUGCUGCAGUGUGUGGCUUGAAGGAGAGGUUUAGGAGCAGAGGGCAGUUAGCGCUGUGUAGGGAGCACGGCAGAGGAGUGCGGAGUCCGAUGGAGGGCGGCGAGGACGUGGCGUGGGCCAGCGAGCGUGUGUGACAAGCCACUAGGUGGCACUUCCCCUGCUCCCUAUCGUUUGUACCGCAUUGGCACCUUGGAUGUUGAGAGUCCUAGUAGCUCCACUCGUUUGUGUUUGCUCAAAUUGUAUUGCAAGGGAGGAAAGCUGACAGCAAGUUCCAGAAUCCGGUUGGGGUUUGAACUUGAUCCUGCUAGCUGGGAGACAAACCUAAUCUAUUCUGUUCAGCUCUGCUGAGUAGCUCCUGUAAGUCCAGAUUCCGUUUACUUGGACAGCACCAAGUUUCCUUUGCUUUCUUCUUCUGUACGUACUCUUUCUUCUAUCCAGAUUGUGCUGACCAUUCCUCUAUCUCACUGUAUCCCUUUUAGCUGUGGAAGUAAUAAGGACUUGGCAGGACUUGUUUUUCUGGAGUGCUCUCUUUGGUUCGAAGGCCAGUGACACCGUGAUUGGUAGGGUGCUUCAUGUGAACAGCAGAUGUUUGUAGGGGAGGGGACCUAAGACAGCUAUUGUUCUCCUUUUUUUUAGAUUGCCCACCAAAUACCUGUGUUUUAAUAAAAAAAAAGGGGGGAGGGGUGAGGGGGAGGAAACAUUAAGGGUUGGAGAAGAUAAUGUAUUACCUGUUUCUGAAUAAACGUUUGUUAUACAGAGAGUGGAUUCUAAGCCUUUUUAGAUGCUAAAGUGGUGGUGGUCCAAUAUUGAGUCACUCUAGUGCUUUCUAGGUGAACAUAGAAAUUUCAAAACUGAUAAUGGGAUGAAGAGCAAGAGGAGCUUAUGGGUGAGGGACCUGUUACUCAUCCACCUUUUAAUCUGGUUCAUAGAAAUUAGCAGCUGACUCUUGCUACUAAAUUGAAGUCAUCUGUUCCACGUAGUUCCAAUUCUCUUCUUAUAGGAAAAAAAAAAAAAAGAGCGGCCUUUGUUACUGACAUUCUAGUCAUUUAAAAAGUCAUUUUAUAGCAAAGCCAGCUCUGAAAUCAGGGUACCUGUUCUAGGUGAAGUGGGAUACUUUGAUUACCAACUAGACAGAUCCUCUUCUGAAAGAAUGGGGAGACUUGAGGAUUUUUUAAAUUAAUAGAUUGAUGUCCUUUUGAAAAGCCAAAUAGCAAGAUGCAUUUUAAGUUACUGUUAAAGUCUGCAUUAUGUUGAGGCUAUCUGAGAGUUUAUGAUGGCAUUGACAUACUUCCUUGGAAGAACUACUGUCUGCUCUGUUCCAUAGCUCUGUGAUCUAUGGUAGCGUCUUCUUAUUUUUUACAGAUCGGUGAAUUAAGCGGUUCUCCAAAAACCACUCCAUGGCUUGUCUUACAGCAGUGGCUUGGUGUACACUGGUAUUCUGGUCUUGGUCAGAUCUUUAAUGCACCAUUGCAUGGCUUCUUCUGUUGGGCACUGAAACAAGAGUAUCUGUUUAUUCCCAGUUCUUAUCAGGUUAUUCCCAGUCCUUUUCAGGUAGUUCACCUUGGCUCUCCAGUUUCUCCUGGACAUCCUGCAAUUGUCAUGCUAAUCAUGAUUUUGAAUCUACCACCUUCUGUCUACAUUUAUCCUCAUGCAACAUGGUUAUAUUUUUGUGGGGUUUUGUUUUGUUUUUUUCCUUCUGGUCUGGUAGAAACUAUGAACUUGCAUAUGAAAUACUAAUUGCCUGCACUCUGAAUUAAUGUGCAUUAAUUUAGACAUUAAAUUAAAUGGCUGCCCAGGACAGGUGGCAGGUAAUUUGUAACAGUGUUUCUUUUGUUUGUUUUAUUUCAAAAAUGUGAGGACUUAUGGAACGAUGCCACAAUGUGCAAGUUUGGUAUAUUUUCAUGGCUUUUGCAUGUACCUUUCAAUAAUGUUCACUAACUUGGUAUUUGGUUAGAUCUACUCCCCAUAUCAUGUCAUAUUUUGUCACCUCCUGCAUUAGUCUUGCUUCAGUAUUUUUGAAAUGGUUCUGUCUUCCGUUACAAGUUCAUCUGUAAAGGUUUUUUGAGGUUUUUUUUUUUUUUUUUAAUCAACAAGAGUCUUUAAAAACACUUGCCUUUGAAUGUUUCUCCAUCUCUUUAAGAUUUACUUGCCUCUCUCAGAUUAAGGACAGUGCCUGAGUUUUACGCUGUUUUUACAAAAACACGAACUCAACCCCGGCGCUGCAGCGAGUCCACCCGCCGCCGCCAUUACCAGGGCCGCGCACGCCCGGGAAACUACAGCUCCCGGCGGCCCCCGCGCUGCCGCGCGCGGAGAAGAUGGCGGCCGCCACGGGGCGUGCGGCGGGAGCGGCGCCGGCGGGAUACACGGCUCUGGCGGUGAAGUUCGCGGAGCGGCAGCGCUCGCCCCACUGCUUGUUGGUGAAGGAGCACCAGGUGCGGGAAGGGACCGACAUCGCGCACCCGCCUCGCCGCACGCUCUUCGUCCUCAAUGUGCCCCCGUACUGCGGCCCGGACUCUCUGAUUAGGCUGUUCUCUCGCUGCGGGCAUGUGCAGUCUGUGGACGUUUGUGACAAGCCAGGGCCAGGAGAGAAAAAAGAUAAACUGACGUCAAAAUUCUUCGAACACAGAACUCUAAAGGGAUUUCAAGUAGCAUAUGUGGUGUUCAGGAAACCAGCAGCUCUCCAGGCAGCCAAGGCUCUAUCACAGCAAGGUCCCUUGCUAAUAUCAACAGAGAGCCACCCUGUGAAAACCGGCAUUAGCAAAUGGAUCGCCAGCUACGAGGCCUCCAUCGUGGAUCCGAAGGAGCUGAAGGCUGAGGUGGAUGCAUACAUGCAAGACUAUGAUAAAAAGAUGGCAGAGGAAGAAGCCAAAGCAGCCAAGGAGGAGGGUGUUCCAGAUGAGGAGGGCUGGGUGAAGGUGACGCGGAAGGGCCGGAAGCCCGGCCUGCCCCGGACAGAGGCUGCCAACCUGCGCGUGUUGGAGAAGGAGAAACAGAAAAGGGCCCGCAAAGAGCUGCUCAACUUCUAUGCCUGGCAGCAUCGCGAGACCAAGAGAGAGCACAUUGCCCAGUUGAGGAAGAAAUUUGAGGAGGACAAGCAGAGGAUCGCGCUGAUGCGAGCCCAGCGCAAGUUUCGGCCGUACUAGGUUGUGGUGAGCUGGUCCUCAAGCGCCUGUGCUGGAGAGGGUAGGAGAGAUGCCUACUGACUCCAUUUCCCAAAGGAUUUUGAGGAAUUGAAGUAGCUUUGGGUUGCCUCUACCCUUGGAUCUGAAAUGGGAGAUCCCAGCAACUGCUGCUGGAGGAGAGUUCCCUUUACUUGCACCAGUAUCCUCCUGCUCUUUUGUCAUUCAGCCCCAUGGCACCACUUCUCAGGGUACUCAGGUCAAGGGUCUGAGGCACAUCCUGUGACAACCUGUAUCUCCCAGUCACUCAAAAACACACCUCCUAAAGCUUGGUGAGAACUGGGAUAGACCUAGCACAGCCUCUGCAGGGGCAGGGAAUGGUUGAAGAACUGUAAAUAAACUGCUGCUACUGUUUUCA